AUGGACGCUUCCAUCAACCUCCAGGCCGUCGAGGCGGCUCGCAACAAUUUUACCGUCGCCAGGAGCGACUUUGAGCAUUUCCUGCGAUGCUGGGCGCAGCAAGACUGCAACGGCUGCAUCAACACGGCCGAGUGUUCCUGGUGCCCUUUUCUAACUGCAUACCACGGCAAAAAGUCGUGGGCUUGCGUGCCCAACAAGUACGAGCCUGCGUUCCUGGCGCCCCUCUACCACGACGACGUGUGCCCCGCGCGCGCUGAGCGGUGGGAGCUGCGCACGCGGCCGUUUGGUUGCCAGGCCUCGACCUACACGGUGCUCAGCACGGGCGUGGCCGUGGCCGCGACGCUGCUGGCGGUGCUGCUGCUCUGGCUGCUGGGGCUGGCGCUGCGACACGUGCGGCGACGGAGCAGGAGCGCGAGACGGCAGUGGUUUGUGGCGACGUGGGCGCCGGACGGGCAGCGUGGUGAUGAGACGCAGCCGUUGCUGGUAGGCCGAUGA